AUGGCCGCCAUCAUCGACGCCGACGACGUGAUGGAGCCUACCCUCCAGUCCAUCCUCGACCAAAAUUCGCUGCGCUGGAUCUUUGUCGGAGGCAAGGGUGGUGUAGGCAAGACGACUACCUCAUGUUCCCUCGCCAUCCAGCUCGCCAAAGCCCGCAAGUCGGUCCUCCUCAUCUCCACCGACCCGGCGCACAACCUGUCCGAUGCCUUCAACCAGAAGUUCGGCAAGGAAGCCCGUCUCAUUGAGGGCUUCACCAACCUCAGCGCUAUGGAGAUCGACCCCAACGGUAGCAUGCAGGACCUGCUUGCGGGUCAGAACGAGGAGGUGGAUGCCAUGAGCGGUGGCCUCGGUGGGAUGAUGCAGGAUCUGGCUUUUGCUAUCCCCGGUAUCGACGAAGCCAUGUCCUUCGCCGAAGUCCUCAAGCAAGUAAAGUCCAUGUCCUACGAAACAAUCAUCUUCGACACCGCCCCGACAGGCCACACCCUCCGCUUCCUCUCCUUCCCCAGCGUCCUCGAAAAGGCCCUCGCAAAGGUCUCCCAGCUCAGCUCGCAGUACGGCCCCUUGCUCAACGGCUUCCUCGGCCAGGGCGGCCAGCUGCCCAACGGCCAGAACCUCAACGAGAUGAUGGAGAAGCUCGAGACGCUGCGCGAGACAAUCUCCGAGGUCAACACCCAGUUCAAGGACGAGAACCUGACGACUUUCGUCUGCGUCUGCAUCCCCGAGUUCCUGUCUCUCUACGAGACGGAGCGCAUGAUCCAGGAGCUCGCCAACUACGGCAUCGACACCCACAGCAUUGUCGUCAACCAGCUGCUCUUCCCCAAGAAGGGCAGCAACUGCGACCAGUGCACGGCCCGUCGCAGGAUGCAGAAGAAGUACCUCAGCGAGAUUGAGGAGCUGUAUGACGAGUUCAACGUCGUCAAGAUGCCGUUACUGGUGGAGGAGGUCCGUGGCAAGGAGAAACUGGAAAAGUUCAGCGAGAUGCUGACCACGCCUUACUCACCGCCUGAGAUGGAUGCUUGA